AAAUGUGCAGUUAUUUGGGAUUGUGUACAGUUUGAGAGUUUAAUUUUAUUUAUUGCAUCGCGGAUGUAUUUCCGUAUCUGAUAUCUUUGGUGUAAACAAAUGGCGGCUAGUUGACAGUGAUGGCUGAGCGCAAAUAUGAUUUAGCGUUAGUAAAUACUGCACCAGGAACUAGAAUAAGAGAGAAACCUUGGUACAAAGAAAGACUACAAACAAAAUAUAUUAAAUCACUGAAACCGGAAGACACUUCUAAGUCACUACUAGGCAAGGACUGGAUUUUUGUAAAAGAUGGUCUAGACGAUUUCAGAGAUGGUCUCCCUCCGCCAGUGAAGGGAGACAUAUUAAUAAAGGGAUCGAAAGGACCAGGUCCGAGUCUGAAAGGCAGCAGUGAGAACGUCAGCCCAGUGAAGCAGCCUGCUGUCCGGAAUCGCUUCAGUAAACACCAGAUAUGUUAUUCCAGAUCCACCCCACUUCAGCAAAACAGGAGAGACCACAUCGAUGAAAUCGAGUACAGUCUUGUUCUGCACCCCCUGGCUCUGUAUCCUCAUCUGGAAGAAAGUGUCCCUCCAGAGGUAUACUCUGUGAAGAAAGUGUCCCUCCAGAGGUAUAGGUACUAUCCUUAUUUUAUUCAAUGUUCAACGGAACGUAAAACAAUCAAUCAAAACCUGUCUUUGUUGCAUCAUCUCUCUUUAUCAGUCUCUUCCCUGUCUUUAUGUUGUUACCUGUCUUUGUUGCAUCAUCUCUCUUUAUCAGUCUCUCCCCUGUCUUUAUGUUGUUACCUGUCUUUGUUGCAUCAUCUCUCUUUAUCAGUCUCUCCCCUGUCUUUAUGUUGUUACCUGUCUUUGUUGCAUCAUCUCUCUUUAUCAGUCUCUCCCCUGUCUUUAUGUUGUUACCUGUUGUUUGUUUUGAAGGAGGAACACAUAAAGAAAGUAACCAAGGAUUUCUGUGACUGGGUGGCAGAAAGCCUGGGAGGGGACCAGAACAAGUUUGAGGAGUCCACCAUUAUGAGCCUGUUUGCCAGCGGGUAUGAGACCAAGCCUGCCCUGUCGGUCCCUAUCCAUGUCGUAGAACUCACUAACGUUCCCCAGGAGUUACGUCAGCAGGCUACUGUAUCUAACCAACAGACAAAUAAAAACAUACCACCCCCAGAAAAAGCAUCCACAAACUGGAAAUACUCUAGUCAGUAUGAGCCAAGCUGGGUGAAGUUCAAAUAUGGGGCAUGGUACCUGGAUCCCACAUCAUGGAGCAAGAGGCGGGAUGAUGAACUGUUAGAAAACCCCAAGGACAUCAAAGACAAAGAAAUGUCGGAGGCAAAGAAGAAAAGUAAAGAGUUGAAUCACGUGAUAGCCCAGUCACAGGGUGCUAAGCUGUUCAUGGACUGGGUAAACGAUCCUAAGCGACAAAUUGAUCCCAAGAGCGAGCAUUCUAAACCCGAGUUUCUGGAUGAGGUGGCUAAAAUUCAGGAACAAGCGGUGAUAGAUGAACAGAAACGGCUGAAGGCGGAGCAAGACGCCAAACAGAGAAAGCUUUACACCAGAAAAAGGACAGAGACGGAACAGUCCGUGGCCUGCGUGCGUUCAGGUGUGACGGAGGGGAUUGUGAGGACCACUGCGGACACCAGGAUGUAUCUCGGACUAACACAUGUACUAUUUAGGCUAUGCGUGUUAAACAAUUUCCAUAUCAUUAUGGAAUUGAAACUAGAAAAAAAUACACCAUGCUUUUGAAUAUUAUUCAUUUGUUUUAUGUAUUGUUGAAAUAUAAACACUGAACU